CGACGAGUUGCCUGUGUAUAUUGAUACCAACCGCCCGCGCCUGCGCAUCGCUUCUCCACCACAUCCUCCACAAUGUCUGCCACGACCGCGCCUUCUCAAAACUACGACUAUCUGCGCCGCAAACAAAGCACAAAAGCGCCCAUCUCGUCCGUCACACCCGCUCGCCGGCCCAUCAGGACGCCCAGCGAGCGCAACAGCAACGGCACUGUCAGCUCCUAUGCCACCACCGCCACGCGAGACACCAACAUCACCGAGCCGCCUACGUACUCGAAGAAGCUCGUCGUCGUCGGCGAUGGCGGCUGCGGCAAGACGUGUCUGCUGAUCAGCUACAGCACAGGUAACUUCCCGGAGAAAUAUGUGCCCACUGUUUUCGAGAACUACAUCACCCACACCCCUCAUCCGCCCACGGGCAAGAUGGUCGAGUUGGCGCUCUGGGACACUGCCGGCCAAGAAGAGUAUGACCGGUUGCGACCGCUAUCCUAUCCCGAGACCGACAUCAUCUUCGUGUGCUUCGCCAUUGACUGUCCGAACUCGCUUGAGAAUGUCAUGGACAAGUGGUACCCGGAGGUCCUUCACUUCUGCCCAACCACACCACUUAUGCUCCUUGGUCUCAAGUCGGAUCUACGCAACAAGCGGAGUUGCAUCGAGCUGCUCAAGACCCAAGGCCUCACGCCAGUGACCCCCGAGCAAGGGCGCGCCGUUGCCAGGAAGAUGGGCGCUCUGUACAUGGAGUGCAGCAGUAAAGAACAAGACGGCGUAGAAGAGAUCUUCGACCGAGCGGUGACUGAAGCCGUCGGCGACGAAUACAAGGAGCCCGAGAUCACAUCACAUUCAGUCGCCCCGGGCGCGCCGCGAGCAGACAAACGAUUCCCCAGUGGCGGUAAGAAGACCAAGAAGCGAGAAAAGUGCACCAUUCUCUAAGGCACUCGUCCAUCGUUUCUUAGAGUCCGUCACAGCAUUGAACUUGAGUGAAAGCGCUUCAUCUCCAUUAUCCCCGCGUCCGUCUUCUGCUUCUCCUUUUACAUCUGACGAUGAUUAUUCCAACACCACUUCUGCAUCCACAAAGACGAACAAGGGCUUAUCAAGAUUCACGACGCUGGACGACACGAUCGAGAUGCUUAAUGACCUGAUCACGGACGCGCUGGCCUUUCUUCGCGGCCUGUUUCGCUAUCGCGCUGCCUAGCAGUCGCUUGGUCGAUUGCAUGAGUGGGUUCGUCCGUGGAAGCGGACCCACCAGAGAGAGUUGUCAAAUCACGACUGACAUACAUAUACAUAGUUAGCGGGCGUUGGUCUGGAAGGUUUCCCAUGCAGCGAGCGGCAUUGGUCUCUCUUACAUGUUUCCUUGUCUUUACUGUCUGUAUUCGGUAUCUUAUGGGGUGUGGCUAGCAUGGCCACAUCAG